AAAAGGUUUCUCUCUCUAACCACUUGUCUCUCCCCAAUUAACAUUUAACACCUCCAUCACCCACACUCACUCCAACUAUCUCUCUAGUUUAUCAUUCGUGGAUCUCAAUCUCCCCAAUUUUUAUUUUUUAAACCGAUAUUUCUUUAUUUUCUCCAUGAAUAUCGACUAUCACAUCUCAUUCAUCAACUUGUUUUAUUUUAAUUCAAUCAUGUAGUUGAAAAUCUUGAGGUAAACGAAGCUUCAUCACUGUGUGUUUCGAAUCUAAUCAUGGAAGAUCGGAGUUACAACUUCCACAGGAUUCACGGCAUGUCGGAUGUCGUUUUCGAAUGCGUGAUUCCUUACAUACACGACUCCCGUGAUCGGCAAUCAGUCUCCUUGGUGUGCCGGAGAUGGUACGAGUUAGAUGCACAGACUCGGAAGCACGUUACAAUAGCGUUGUGUUACUCGUCGACGCCGGAGCAGCUAUGGCGGAGGUUCCCGUAUCUGGAAUCGUUGAAGUUAAAAGGGAAGCCACGCGCCGCCAUGUAUAACUUGAUCCCGGAGGAUUGGGGUGGGUUUGUGACGCCAUGGGUUGAGGAAUUUGCGAGAUCUUUCAGAUGCUUAAAGGCUGUGCACUUUAGACGGAUGAUUGUGACAGAUGACGAUCUUGAGGUACUCGCAAGAGCUCGUGGCCAUGUUCUUCAGGUUCUUAAGCUUGAUAAGUGCUCUGGCUUUUCCACCGAUGGAUUGUUGCAUAUUUCACGUUCUUGCAGGAACUUGAAAACCUUGUUUCUUGAAGAGAGCCAAGUAACAGAAAAAGAUGGAGAGUGGCUACAUGAGCUUGCUUUGAACAACACAAUGCUUGAGACAUUAAACUUUUACAUGACAGAUCUUUCACAAGUAAAUUUUAAAGAUCUUGAACUCAUAGCUACAAAAUGCAAGUCUCUAGUUUCAGUCAAAAUUGGGGAUUGUGAGAUCUUGGAUCUUGUUGGCUUCUUUCGGGCAGCUGUUUCACUACAAGAGUUUGGUGGGGGUUGCUUUAAUGAUCAAGCAGGAGGGUAUGGUGACGUGGCAUACCCUCCAAGAUUAUGUCGUUUGGGUCUAAAUUACAUGAGUAGUUCUGAAAUGCCAAUUGUGUUUCCCUUUGCAUCAAGGCUCAAGAAACUUGAUCUCCUUUAUGCUCUUCUUGACACAGAGGAUCAUUGUCUCUUGCUCCAACGUUGUCCCAAUCUUGAAGUUCUUGAGACAAGAACAGUGAUUGGAGACAGGGGACUUGAAGUUCUCGCAAACUCUUGCAAAAAACUAAAACGAUUAAGAGUGGAACGAGGGGCAGAUGAACAAGAAAUGGAAUACGAAGAAGGCGUCGUAUCGCAAAGAGGCUUAACAGCCAUAGCCAAAGGCUGUCUACUCCUCGAAUACAUCGCCGUUUACGUCUCCGACAUCACAAACGCCGCCCUCGAAUCCAUGGGCCUCCACUUAACAAACCUCUCCGACUUCCGUCUCGUCUUGCUCGACGGAGAAGACGUAAUUACCGAUUUACCCCUCGACAAGGGUGUCCGAUCUCUACUUAGCGGAUGCCGUAAACUCAAAAGAUUCGCUCUUUAUCUCAGGCAAGGAGGGUUGACUGACAAGGGUUUGAGUUACAUCGGUCAAUACAGUCAACAUGUUCGAUGGAUGUUGUUAGGGUAUGUUGGUGAAUCUGAUAAAGGGCUUUUAGGGUUUUCGAAAGGGUGCCCUAGUUUACAGAAGCUUGAAGUGCGAGGGUGUUGUUUUAGUGAACAUGCACUUGCGAAUGCUGUUUUGGAGUUGAGGUCGCUUAGGUAUCUUUGGGUUCAAGGGUAUAGAGGGUCGCAGAAUGGGUGUGAUUUUUUGGCUAUGGCGAGACCUUUUUGGAAUAUUGAGAUAAUUCCUUCUAGAAGGGUGAAUUGUGGUGAAGAUAAAGUGGUGGAACAUCCUGCUCAUGUUCUUGCGUAUUAUUCUUUUGCUGGAUCAAGAACAGAUUGCCCUCCUUCUGUUAUCCCAUUUAGAGAUGUGUAUAGAAGGAAGAUUAAUGGAAGAAGAUGAUAUGAUCGAUUUGGGUAUUUGAUAUAUUCGUUUUGUUUUAUGUUGUGUGAGAAGUUGAUGAGAGAGAAUGAGGAUGGUAUUAUCAAAUUAUGGGUUGUUAUGAUUUUGGUCAUUUGGUAUUGAAUAUGUGGGCAUAUAAGGAGUGUAAAGUUAUUUAGGCAUUGUAAAUAAAUAGUGUAAAGAAUAACACGAUGUGUAAAUACUUUGUGGCCAU